UGGUACUGUUCCUUCUGUAAUAAUUGGAGCGCAACAAGUAUAGCGUUGGCAGAAACUACUGAUCUGUGCAGAAACGUAAAAAAGAGGCGAGGAAUCUGUGCUGUAUUUUGGUUGUGACAACGGAUAUCAACGACAAGGGAAAACGUCGCAAAAUGACAGAAAUUAGUACCGUAGAAAAUUUCAUCGACGGAGAGUUUAUGCCAGCCUCCAGGUUUCUGGACAGCUAUGAUCCAUCAGUAGGAGAGGUUUGGGCUAGAAUCCCAGCCAGUGGAAAGCAUGAGGUUGAUUUAGCAGUAGCGGCAGCCAAACGUGCAUUUCCGAUAUGGUCGUCCAAAAGUCCAUCGGAGCGAGCAAAGGUGAUGAACAAAAUAGCUGAUCUCAUUGAAGAAAAUCUUGAUGAGCUUGCAAAGAUGGAGUCAAAGGACCAAGGUAAACCUGUCUGGCUGGCGAGGGCGGUGGACAUUCCAAGAGCUGUGCACAACUUCCGUUUCUAUGCAUCAUCUAUUCUCCACACCAGGAACAGUUCUACCAUACUUGAUGUUGGAGCAACUAACUACACCAUGCAUAUGCCUAUUGGAGUAGCGGGUUUGAUCAGUCCAUGGAAUCUUCCCCUCUAUCUACUGACAUUCAAAAUUGCACCCUGCAUUGCUUAUGGAAACACCUGUGUUUGUAAGCCUAGCGAGAUGACUUCAGUGACCUCAUGGAUGAUUGCCAAACUCUUGGUGAAAGCAGGUCUACCCAACGGUGUCGUCAACAUGGUCUUUGGUGAUGGACCUGAAGCAGGGUCAGCAAUCGUUGAACAUCCUGAUGUUCCUCUUGUUUCCUUCACUGGUGGUACUGAAACAGGAAAGAAGAUUAUGGCCCUAGCCUCACCCCUCUGUAAAAAAUUAUCUCUUGAGCUUGGAGGUAAGAAUGCUGCCUUGGUGUUUGAUGAUGUAGAUCUUGAUGAGGUCAUCCCAACGAUGGUGAAGUCAGGCUUCAUGAACCAGGGUGAAAUCUGUCUGUGUAUGAGUAGGAUCUUUGUGCAAGAAAGCAUCUUUGAGAACUUUGUCAACAAAUAUGUAAAUUCUGCAAGAAAUAUGUUGGUUGGUCCUCCCUCAGAAGCAUCCUCUAAACUUGGUGCCCUCAUCAGCAAGGAACACCUUAAUAAGGUUAAAGGUUAUGUUGCACUAUCUGUAGAAGAAGGUGGCAUGAUCCAUUGUGGUGAAGGGGUGGAUGAGAUUUGUCUUCCACAAAAAUAUGAAAAUGGUUAUUACAUGUUACCUACGGUAAUUACAGGACUAGGACCCAAUAGCAGGUGCAUGCAGGAAGAGAUCUUUGGCCCUGUUGUAUGUAUCGCUCCUUUCACCACAGAAGAAGAUGCAAUUGAAAAGGCAAACUCUGUGAAAUUUGGACUCUCGGCUUGUGUGUGGACCAAUGAUGUUAGAAGAACACAUCAUGUUUCUCAGAGACUACAGGUUGGAACUGUCUGGGUCAAUUGCUGGAUGGUACGUGAUCUCAACAUGCCUUUCGGAGGGAUGAAGGCUUCUGGGAUAGGUCGAGAAGGAGUCAAUGAUUCCAUUGAAUUCUUCACGGAAGCCAAGUGUAUCUGUAUCAAGUACUGAAUGAUGAUCUGCCAAUGUCUUUAUUCAUAAACAAAGCAUCUUGUCGUUCUCUCCAAAGAUCCAUGAUGUUUGCAUUUUGUAUUUUGGCAUAUUUAUCGCUGCAUGAGGAAGGCUGUUAUUGAUGAACCAUUAACCAAGUUCACUUUACCUGAAAUUGGGGAUCUGUUUUAGUCAAGACUUGAUGAACGAUAUAUGCUAAUAUAUUUAGAAACGUUAUAUAUUUGUUUUGUUUCAUCUGGGCGUGAUUAUGUUAAUAUAUGUACAAAAGGGAUCUUUGGAGUUUGAAUUACAUAUAGGCAAGUCUAUGUAUUAAGCAAAGUUAAGAAGUUUGCAGUGAGUGAUUGUUAACAUAAUGAGGUUGUAUAUUCGACGUGCAUGUUGAGGCCCGGUACCACUGCACAAACUAAUGCAGAGAGGAUGUAAAACGUAAAAAACUAUUGCCAUCCGUUCAAAAACGCAAUGCAUCAGUUGUGUACUUGUUGCAUAUGUGUUUUAUAUGCUUUAUACAUCAAGCAUGGAUGUUCUUCUGUGCACGAUGUAAAUCCGCGACAUAUAUGAGCAAUGAAUGUUGCAUGUCCAUUAUCUGUUAAACUCCCAUCGUAUCCUCCCAACUCACAUCCACUGCAGCUGAAAACAAAAAGAGGGAAGAAAGAUAGGUACAUGGAACAUCUAUACAUUGUUAGUGGCAUGGAAAUAGAAAGGAUGUAAGUGUAUGCAUCUCAUAUAAAGUAUUCAAAACGACACCCAGCAUUGUAUAAUAUGGGGGAGAAAAUCAUCUGCUGGGUCUCCGUAAGAUUCGAGCAGCCAUGCUUUACAAACCUCAUCACCCUUGAUCUCCACUCUCCUCAACAUCAUCAAUUGUUCUCCACCAUGGAUGAUCAAAGAGUCUGUAUGAUAGCUGCACUCAUUCAACAGCAGAAUCACAACCUGUUCAGACUGUAUAAAGUUUUUGACAUAAGGAGGAGACGUCCAAUAGCUGUCUGGGUCUUAGGAUGGAGAAGCAUGGAGUUUGGACUGUAUGAUGAGUUGAUGGUGGAGCUGAGGAAUGAAGAUCCACCUGCAUUCCAUCACUUCAUGAGGAUCACACCAGCCAUAUCUUAAAGAACUAUGUAGAGCAUCUGAGAUACAGGUUGACCAAGCCUAUAUAGCUUCAACCUGGACCCAGGUGGCACUGACUCUCUGGCACCUGGCCUGUGGAACCACAUAAAGAAACAUGCAGUAUGCAUGGAGGGUGCCACAUGAUUUUUUUUGGUUUAAACCCUUUUUUUUGCUUGACAAAUUUUUCCUCGGGGAAAAUGUGCCCCCCCCCCCACUGAGAUGUAGUCGGCCAGCACUUCUUUCUGAAUUAUGCUGACUGCUUAUGUGCUGUAUCCCUUUAUAUCUACGGAGCAGCAUCCCCUUUAUUUUCUAUGUAUUUUAUGCAUCCACUUCAUCCGCUAUGUAUCCACUCUUUCCACUAUGCGUCUGCUUCGCAAUUAUCCCCAGUAACCCCUUGGAGCUGUAAUCCACUCCAUCUGCUUUUUAUUCUAUAUUCUUCUGAUCGAUCUGUUCUUUUUUCUCACAUUUUUCGCCAAUUUUGCCCAUUUCU